AGACUAUAAAUACGGUGGUGGCAAAGGGCGCUGCGAUUCGACAGACUCUGCUCGCAAGCGGUGGCUGAGUUGUGGAUUAGAGCAUUAAACACGCUGAAAUCACACUGAUUAAAGGAAAGCAACGAGAAAAAAAGUAAGCCGCACACGACCUCAAGUGUUCUCCCCAGCUGCCUCAGAUCCUAGCGAAAGUGUUCCAGAUGUGCUGACGGGAAACGCUGCUGGAGAACCUUUACCUGCCUUGUCUAGGGUGUUUAACCCCUGUUGUCGAACCUGUGCCAACUCUUUGCCAGCCUGCUCGGGUGUGCAGUCAGCGCCAUGGUAACCCAAAGUAAGUUUGAGCUCAUGAUGUCCAGCACCCUGCUCGAUGCCGGUGCCAGGCUCGCCAGUGACUCCCACUUCAAGACCUUUAGCUCCCAUCUGCAGUACCAGCUGAUCAUCAGCACCGUUUGCAAGCUACAGGAGAGUGGCUUCUACUGGGGAGCCAUAAGUGGCAAGGAGGCCAAUAGUCUGCUCAGCGAGGAGCCUGUGGGCACCUUCUUGGUGCGGGACAGUUCGGACCAACGCCACUUCUUCGCCCUGAGCAUCAAGACUGCGUCUGGCCCAAAGAACCUGCGCAUCCAAUUUGACGGUGACACUUUCUUCCUGCAAUCAGACCCGAAGGGCUCGUCCAUGGCACCACACUUCAACUGCGUACUCAAGCUAGUGCAUCACUACAUGCCUGCCAAGGUGGCGGGCGGCAAAGGGGGGACGUGUGGCAUCUACUUCAUCCACACAGGCGGUGAGAAGAUCCCCCUGGAACUUCUGCGGCCCCUAUCCUCCAGCAUGUCCACGCUACAGCACCUGUGCCGCAAGGCUGUCAACGGCCACCUGGACAUGUCUGACAAAAGGGACCUGCUGCCCAGACCAGUCAAGGAAUUCCUUGAGAAAUAUGACUCCUCCAUCUAGUCUUCCUGGUCUUCCCUCAGGAAGUCCUGCUGUUCUAUCCACGCGGUUCUCAAGAUCUGAUUGGUCGGUCCUGCACGACGGACUUACCGUUGGGGCCCAAAGCCGGCUGCCUCGUCCCCGAGGGUCUGAGGCGACAGGAGCCAUGAGGUGAUGGGGGAGGGGCGGAUGGAGGCUGACGGGGUAUGGCCGGUGAUGCAGAGCACCCCCGGGGCCUUCUUGGGAGCAGCUGGUUCUGCAGUGUAUUAAGUUGGACUCUGCUGCUAAUCCCUCGGGAGUGAAAAGCGACAAUCUCCACCUUGUGAGAUGUCGGGUUUGCCAGUGCUCCGGGCAAGAAAUGCCGACCUUCCCGUAUGUGAUGACUAGUGCUUCCGCCAUUUCCUGCCAAGAAAGGGGAGGACUCGGUUCCUGGGUGAGUGCGAUACCUGUGGGUCAACUGGGAACGUGACACUCGUGGGACGUGCUUCCCGGCCGCAGUGCCAGAAAACUGCCACAUGGAUAAAUGUGUGACUGGGCUGCAUGCAAGUCCACUGGCUUCUGGCAGUAUGCAGCCAGUGAUGCCUGAGCAUGUACUGUGGGGACUUGAACACACCCUGAAGCAGAAAGCAGUGUUCCUCUUCACAGCGGUUUAAAAGGCUGCUCGUCCACUUGAUGGGUGCACUCUGUGGCCCCAGUUGGUCCAGACUCUAGUACUGUAUCCUGUGACCACAGGAGAAACGGACCUUUUGAAGAUGUCUCUGCAGGAUAAGGCAGACCUGUUACCUUCCUCCAUUGAGUGACAGGUCUGCCCGUCGAGUAGGACUCCUAACCUGGCUUUUAUAGAACAUGUCCAGAUGGGAGAGAUCUGUCCGCAGAAGGGACAAAAAUGUUAUUCUGUCUUUUAUAAAGAUGCACCAGCUGUGUUCAAAUGUGGGGCCACCUGACUGGCAUUUUACACGUGAAGAUAUGAAAGAAACAAAAUGAAAACUUUGCACAUUAUUUAUAUUUAUGACGUUUUCAGUAAUUUAUAUUAAAGACCUAUUUUUUACCAAGUGAAAA